CCUUCGGGGAGCCGGUGAAUUGGGCGCAUUUGGUACAUCUAUCCGUUUAUUUCGCAACUCGGCUGCUUUAAAUUACGCUGCUGCUGCUCCGAAGCAAUGUACUGGAAAACUUCCUCCGAAAAUGGCCAAGUUGCGUAAGCAAUUCCAGGCGGACAACGAUUUGCCCGUUUUUCUCAAAGGCGGCAGUAUGGACAACAUAUUGUACAGACUAACCUGGGUGCUGAGUAUCCUCGGAAUAGCUGGGGAUGUGUGGCUGUGGGUUGGCUUCAUGAUAGCCUAAAACAAGGAAGUUCUCGUAGAAAAGA